GUAUGAUCUGUAGUCAAUGUGUCAGUGACAUCACGAUAUGGUAUUCGUUCAAAGAAUGAUCUUGAUUUACGUAAAAAUAAGUAGUUAAAUCGUAAAAAUGUGGUCCUUUUUUUCAAGAGACCCUACUAAAGAUUUUCCAUAUGAAAUCGGUGAACCAGUUCCUGAUUUAGACGAUAAGAGUAUCUGGACUUUACAUAAAGCUAAGAAAAAGGGAUCUACGGGAGGCGAAGAUGUUUCGGUAUUUGUUUUUGAAUGCAAAAAUGGUAAUGAACAUCUUUUGGACAUAGCGCGAUCAGCAGUGAAACGAUUAAAAACACUUAGACAUCCAAGUAUUCUUGCAUAUCUUGAUAGUCUUGAGACCGAUAAAGUGAUUUAUUUAGCAACUGAACAUGUAGAAUCUUUAUAUAAUCGAUUGAAAAGAAAAUCUGAUACCAAUGAGGAAUCCAAGAAGCAGUUAUACUUUUCAUGGGGAAUAUUCCAAAUUACAAGAGCAUUAAACUUUUUAAAUAAUGAUGGCAAUCUACGACAUAACAAUGUUAAUUUAUGGACAGUAUACGUUAAUGAAGAAAGUGGAGAAUGGAAACUUGGUGGAGUUGAAUACAUGACAGCAGUAGAUGUUGUUUAUAAUGCAUUACCAUCAACAUUUCAACCAUAUUAUCCUGCAGAUAUUAAGGAGAAUGUGAAACCACCUACCAAAUGCUCGGUUGACAUGUGGGGACUUGGAUGCCUGAUCUGGGAAACUUAUAAUUGUCCACUGAGUUCAAGUUCACAGCUUAAAAUUCUUGAUAAAAUUCCAAAACAACUGCAAGUAAUAUAUCAAGAAUUGAUCAGUGGCAAUGCAGAAGGAAGACCAAAUCCUGCCGAUGUGAUAGCGCGUUGCCGUAGCAAUGGAGGAUUUUUUAAAAAUUCUCUUGUAGAUGCACUUUUAUUCUUGGAAGAAAUUCAGAUGAAAGAAAGAGGAGAAAAGGGUCGAUUCUUUUCGCAACUUGCCAAUCAAUUGGAAUCAUUUCCAGAUGGCGUUGGAAGAUAUAAAAUUUUACCACAAUUAUUGGCUGCCUUUGAAUUUGGUGAUGCUGGUAGUGCAGUAUUACCUCCUCUAUUACAGCUUGGCUGUCAAUUACCCGAUACCGAGUAUCAGCGAAGGGUUGUACCAUGCGUUGUGAAAUUAUUUGCAUCAAAUGAUAGAGCAACAAGAUUACGAUUGUUACAACAAUUGGAUCGAUUUGUUGAUCAUUUACAACCAGCCACGGUGAACGAAGCUAUCUUUCCACAGGUAGCUAAAGGAUUUUUAGAUACAAAUGCUGCAAUAAGGGAACAAACGAUAAAAUCAGUUGUACAUUUAGCGCCAAAAUUAGACUAUAAUAAUCUUAAUCUGGAAACAUUAAGGUAUUUUGCAAAACUUCAGUCGAAAGAUGAACACGGCGGAAUACGUACUAACACUACAGUGUGUUUAGGAAAAAUUGCUCAACAUCUUCAUCCUCAAAUUAGACAAAAGGUAUUAAUUGGAGCAUUUAUUCGAGGUACACGAGAUCCAUUUCCACCUGCCAGAACAGCUAGUAUUUUAGCAUUGGCUGCAACGCAGCAAUAUUUUUUGCUACAAGAAGUUGCAAAUCGUAUUUUACCAGCUUUAUGUCCACUUACUACCGAUGUAGAUAAAGGAGUAAGAGAUAAUGCCUUUCGAACGAUUCGCGGAUUUUUAUCAAAACUAGAAAGGGUAUCAGAAGAUCCUGGAUUACGUGAAUCUAUGGAGGCAGAUGUAAAUACAGCCACGCCUAGUCUCAGUAAUGCGGCAGCAACAUGGGCAGGUUGGGCUGUAACAGCAGUUACUGCCAAAUUUUAUCGUAGCCAAUCAGAUACACCUAAAUCAUCAAAUUCUAAUGCAUCUAGGAUUUUACUAAAUAAACCUGCAUCUUUGGAACAAGCUAGUAGUUCACAAAGUAGCGCUAGUACAACAGCUACGACAAGUAGUGCUACAAGUAUGACGUCGCUAGAUCAUGAUCAUGAGCACGGUCUACAAAAUGCCACGAAUACAAACUCGGAUUGUGAUUGGGAUUGGGAUGCAGAUAAUUGGGGUGACAUGGAACAACAACCUUCAACUACUUCGGGACAUGGGACGAGUAAUAUUUCACCAGCUCCUCACUCCUCUAAGUGUAAUGAUCAAUGGACAAGUCUUGAAGAAGAACCGGAAGAAGAAGCGGCACAGAGUAUAGAAGAUAAAAAUGAAUCUACUGAGACAGGAUGGGAAGAUUCAGAAUUUCAACCUCUAGAAGAUUUUCAACCAUUAGAUCAACCAGGGAACAAUGAAAGUGUUAAUACCCUUAGCGGAAAUAUAAAAUUAGAAGAAGCCAGAAGAAAACGCGAAGAACGUAAAUUAGCAAGACAAAGACAGAUGGAAGCUAAAAGAGCAGUAAAAUUACGAAAUAAUGUUGCUACCAAAAAGCUCUAAUUUAAAUGCCAUAAAAUAAAAAACAAUUGUGUAUUACAAAAGAAAAUUAAAAUAUGAUGAACACGAAAUAAGUAUUUUAUCUAUUAAUGACUAA